GAUAAGUAUUUAAAGGGCUCUGAUUGGGCGGUUCGGAUUCGGUCAUCUCACGCUGGAGGAAACAUGGCGACGGGAGUAAUGGUUUCUGCUCCAAUUUCUUCCAAUUCGAAGGUCGAAACAUGUGAGAAGACGAUUGAGUCGAUAGUGAAUGCCCUGCAGUACAUCAAGCACCCCUUACAGAACAGGUGGGCGCUGUGGUUCUUUAAGAACGACAAAAGUAAAACCUGGCAGGCCAACCUGAGACUCAUCUCCAAGGUCGACACCGUGGAAGACUUCUGGGCGUUGUACAAUCACAUCCAGCUGUCGAGUAACUUGGUGUCCGGAUGUGACUACUCUCUGUUCAAGGACGGCAUCGAGCCGAUGUGGGAGGACAAACUGAACCGGAGGGGCGGCCGCUGGCUCAUCACGCUGUCCAAACAGCAGCGCCGCGCAGACCUGGACCGCUUCUGGCUCGAGACGGUCCUCUGUCUGGUGGGGGAGACGUUUGAUGAACACAGUGACGAUGUGUGCGGAGCAGUCAUCAACGUCCGUGCCAAAGGUGACAAGAUCGCCAUCUGGACGAGAGACUACGAGAACAAAGAGGCCAUCACACAUAUCGGGCGGGUGUAUAAGGAACGGUUAGGCGUGCCUCAGAAGGUGAUCAUUGGCUACCAGUCCCACGCAGACACCGCCACCAAGAGCGGCUCUUCCAUGAAGAACAAGUUUGUUGCCUGAUGACCCUGGGAUGACCCCGUGACCCCUGCCCAUGCUGCUUUGUUCUAUAUUUAUUUAGAUGGGGUCUUGUUCGUUAUUAUUUUGUUUGAGUAGAGAUGUUAAACUCUCUAAUUUUGAGGUUGCUUUAUAUAUAUAUUUGCUGUUCAGUUUUUAGAGGGCCAACUAAAAGUUAUGAGAAGUCGAUAGUUAGCGUUACAGAAACAUGUUUGGUUCGAUCAUAAAUGCAUCUUUAUAUAAAACACACUUCUGUUAUUUUAAGGCCUUGUUUUGUUUCCAUUGGCUAGAAGAAGAAACCGUCCUAGAGCUUUGAUGUUAUUUUGGUUUUGAAUUAAAAGUUCUGAAAUUAUGAA